GCAUGGGCGGUCGACAGCCCGCUUCUCAUCCCGGGGCCGCAGAACAUCAAUCUCACACUCACGACAGCUGGGCGUGAGAAGACAAAAGAAAAAAAAGAUAAUGGCGUCUGAUAUCCUCUUCGCAUCCGCCAUCGUUAUCAGCGGCGAUGAGGCCGCUGAGCCGCGGGUCGCCGACGUGCUCGUGUCCGGCGGCAUCGUGACCCGGAUCGGGGCUCCGGGGUCCGUCGACGCCAAUGCCGGUCCGGCCCGGCGCAUCGAUGCGAGCGGCCAUGUGCUGUCGCCGGGUUUCAUCGACAUGCACGCCCACUCGGACCUGUACCUGCUGACGCACCCGGAGCACGAGGCCAAGAUCACCCAGGGAUGCACGACCGAAGUCGUCGGCCAGGAUGGCAUCUCGUACGCCCCCGUGCGCAGCGAGGAGCAGAUGCGCGCCAUACGGGACCAGAUCGCCGGCUGGAACGGCAACCCAUCCGACGACGAGUGCGCCGCCGCGCCGCUCCGGGACGUGGGCAUGUUCGCCUGGCGGACGCUGGGCGAGUAUCUCGACUGCCUCGAGCGCAACCGCACCGCGACCAACGUGGCGGCGCUCGUGCCCCAGGGCAACCUGCGGCUGCUCGCCUGCGGGCCGUACGACACGAGGGCCGAGCCGCACGAGAUUGACGACCAGGUCAAGCUGCUGCGCGAGGCCAUGGACCAGGGCGCCGUGGGCAUGUCGAGCGGCCUGACGUAUACCCCUGGCAUGUAUGCGUCCACGUCUGAGCUGGCGGUCCUCUGCAAGGUCCUGGCAGACGAGUACCCCGGUGCCUUUUACGCGCCGCACCACCGCAGCUACGGCUUCAAGGCCAUCGAGAGCUACGCGGAGAUGCUCGAGCUGGGCCAGACAACAGGCUGCCCGGUCCACCUCACGCACGCGACCCUCAACUUUUCCGAAAACAAGGGCCGCGCCCCCGAGCUCGUCGCCAUGGUGGACGAGACCCUCGCCAAGGGCGUCGACGUCACGCUCGACACGUACCCUUACCUGCCGGGGUGCACGACCCUCGCGGCUCUGUUGCCGAGCUGGGCCUCGUCGGGAGGACCGGCCGAGACGCUGAAACGCCUCGAGGAUGCGGCUACUCGCGAGGAGAUUCGCAUCGCCGUCGAGGUCAAGGGCUGCGACGGAGGCCACGGCAUCCCUACCAACUGGGACGAGAUUCAAAUUGGCUCGGCAAACGACCCCAGCAUCGCGUCCUGGUCCGGCCGCCGCGUCGGCGAGGUUGCGCGCGCCGUCGGCCGGCCGGCCAUUGACAUCUUCUUCGAGAUCCUGCGCAAGGAGCGCCUGGCGACGAGCUGCCUCAUGCACAUUGGCAACGAGGAGAAUGUCCAGCACAUGAUGCAGCACCGCGUGCACAUGGCGGGCAGCGACGCCAUCCUCCACGGCAAGACGCUGCACCCGCGCGCGUACGGCACCUUUACGCGAUACCUGGGCCAUUACUCGCGCGACCUCGGCCUGCUCAGCCUGCCGGACGUCAUCGCCCACAUGACAUCGCGGCCCGCCAAGCGCCUGGGCGUGUAUCCGCACCGCGGCCUGCUGGCCGAGGGGUCGGCGGCGGACCUGGUGCUCUUCGACCCGCAGACGGUCAAGGACAUGGCGACGUUUGAGGAGCCCAAGGUGCCGAGCCGCGGCAUCAGGUUCGUCCUCGUCAACGGCGAGGUGGCGGUCGACGAGGGCAAGAUGACGGGUGCCCGUGGGGGCAAGAUCCUGCGCAGGAAAGACGGCAAGGUGGUUGGGUGAUGAGUCGGGGCUGUUGGAGCAGUAGGAGGCGGCGAUGUGCAUCAUCUAAUGAGAAGACGCGGGAUGAAAUAUAGUCUCGCCGCGAUGUGAACGCUACGCUUUUGCCGAACAGACUCGCUACCGCCAUCCCUCGCCCCGUAAUGAGCGA